UUUUUCUGUCUCCCCAGAGUCAGUAGGAAAGGAUGUUUUCCUCAGUGAAGCCCUAUGAGAAUCAGCGCUACGCUGCCCUGAAGAAGGAAUGCCUGAGGAAGAAGCAGCUCUUUGAGGACCCUCUUUUCCCUGCCAAUGACGACUCACUCUUCUACAAGUCAAGGAUCCAGGGCAUUCAGUGGAAGAGGCCAAAAGAAAUCUGCGCCGAUCCCCAUCUCUUUGUGGACGGGAUCAGCUCCCAUGAUUUACACCAGGGCCAGGUUGGGAACUGCUGGUUUGUGGCUGCCUGCUCCUCCCUGGCAUCCCGCGAGGCCCUGUGGCAGAAGGUCAUCCCAGACUGGAAGGAGCAGGAGUGGAAUGCUGAGAAGCCUGAGAGCUAUGCAGGGAUCUUCCACUUCCAAUUCUGGCGUUUUGGUCAGUGGCUGGAUGUGGUAAUAGAUGACCGCCUGCCCACGCUUCACAACCAGCUCAUCUACUGCCACUCCAACUCCAAGAAUGAGUUCUGGUGUGCCUUGGUGGAGAAGGCUUAUGCCAAGUUGUCAGGAUGCUAUGAGGCCCUGGAUGGAGGCAACACAGCUGAUGCUCUGGUAGACUUUACUGGUGGGGUCUCUGAACCUAUUGACCUGACUGAAGGGGACUACACCACCGAUGAAACCAAACGAAAUCUCCUCUUUGAGCGUGUGUUGAAAGUGCACAAUCGUGGAGGCCUCAUCAGCUGCUCCAUCAAAGCUACGUCAGCAGCAGACAUGGAGGCCCGCCUGGCCUGUGGGCUGGUGAAGGGCCAUGCUUACGCCGUGACUGAUGUGAGGAAGGUCCGCCUGGGCCAUGGCCUGCUGUCUUUCUUCAAGUCAGAGAAGCUGGACAUGAUCCGCAUGCGCAACCCAUGGGGUGAACGAGAGUGGAACGGCCCUUGGAGUGACACCUCUGAAGAGUGGCAGAAAGUGAGCAAAAGUGAAAGAGAGAAGAUGGGGAUGACAGUAGAAGACGAUGGUGAAUUCUGGAUGACCUUUGAAGACUUCUGUAGAUACUUCACAGACAUCAUCAAGUGCCGUCUCAUCAACACAUCCUACCUCAGCAUCCAUAAGACCUGGGAGGAGGCAGUGCUACACGGGGCAUGGACCAGAAGUGAUGAUCCCUUGAAGAACCGCAGUGGAGGCUGUAUCAACCACAAGGACACCUUUUUGCAGAAUCCCCAAUAUGUAUUUGAUGUGAAGAAGGCAGAAGACGAAGUGCUGAUCUCCAUCCAGCAGAAGCCAAAACGGACCAGUCGCAAAGAGGGCAAAGGAGAGAACUUAGCCAUAGGCUUUGAUAUCCAUAAGGUGGAGCUGAACAGGAACUACCGGAUGCACACCCUGCAGCAGAAGGUGGCCAGCUCCAUUUACAUCAACUCCCGCAGCGUCUUCCUGAGGACAGACCUGAAGGAAGGCCGCUAUGUCAUCAUCCCCACCACUUUUGACCCUGGUCAUGUAGGCGAGUUUCUUCUCAGGAUUUUCACAGAUGUGCCUUCGGAUUGUCGAGAGCUGACACUGGAUGAGCCACCACACACCUGCUGGAGUGGGAUGUGCGGGUACCCUCAAGUGGUGUCCCAGGUCCACGUCCUCGCCGCAGCUGGCCUCAAGAAUCAGGACUCCCAAGGAGGAGCUGACCCAUAUGUGAUAAUAAAGUGUGAAGGGCAAAAGGUUCGUUCUGCAGUGAAGAAAGACACAGUGUCACCAGAGUUUGAUGUGAAAGGCCUCUUCUACCGCAAGAAGCCAGGAAAACCCAUCAUUGUUCAGAUCUGGAACCACAACUUGAUAAGCGACGAGUUCUUGGGUCAAGUGGCACUCAAGGGAGAUCCCAGCGACCAGCAGUCCGUGCACACACUGCACCUCCAGGACAGAGGGAACAGAAAAUCAAAUGAUCUGCCUGGAACCAUUGCUGUGAGGAUGCUCAGCAGUAACAUCCUCACCAAUGUCUGAAUACUCAAGGACUCUCCUCUAGUGCCACAUAUGUAUAUACAUGCAUAUAUACAUACACACACACAUAUAUAUACACACAGCCUAUCUACCACCUGCAAGUGUAGGAGAACUAUGCAUGCAUUCCACUCAAAGGAGCCAAUCUUGUGUUUUCCAUGUUAAAAAAUGGUGCCUUGUUGGGGAACCACAACGAUCCUUCUACUGGCAUCCUCUGCAGCCGCAUCACCACCAUCCACCCCGUGGGAUCGCUGCUGGCACGCUGUGUGUCCUGACAGCAAAGCACGAUGUCCAGGUGCUGUUUGUUUACACGGGGCUUGGCACACACGUGUCACCAUGCACACGUGUGGCCACCAUGGUCCCACCAGCUGCUUCGAUGCAUCUUCUAUGUGUCUGCUUGGUUUUAGAGUAGUGUGCGAGGAGUCUUCUGUCCAUGAACUGGCAUUUAAUUGCUUAUCCAAGGAGGCACGUCAGCAAAGCAGAAGGGGAAAAAGAAACUGGGGCUCUUGGGGUGUUUUAUUGAUAUGCACACAGCGACUGGAUGGGAAAUGUACUAGAGCAGUCACGCAAUCCCAAAUCCACAGGGUCAGCAAGACUAGUGGCUCCAUCACUGUAGGGACCUGCUGUCUCAUUCCUGUUCAGCCCCAUACUGUCCUGAAUUACAGAAUCACAGAAUGGCUGAGGUUGGAAGGAACCUCUGGUCCAUCUAUUCCAACCCUGUCACAGCAAAGACAUCCAGAGCAGGGUGCCAACCAACCACAUCCAGGUUGCUUUUGGAGAUCUCCAAGGAGGAGAUCUCACAACUCUUUGAGCAGCUUGUGUGAGGACUCCAUCACCCACGUGGUGCAGCAGUGCUUCCUGGUGUUCAGCUGCUGAUUCUGAAAGAUGCAAAAAUGCCAACAGCUGUGGUUAGACAACUGUUCUGCAGGGCUAUGUUUUUGAAUUGGUCUGGCCUUGAUUCCUGCCUAUGCCUCUCAAACUGCCAUUGUGCCUCCUGUCUCCACUGCUUUUUUGCUCUCCCUAUCCAUAGAGCCUGAAUUUUUCAUUUUGCUGAGUUGUAACCCCAUACUUGGUUUGUCUCCUGGGUAUAUUCAAUGUUGGGGUAAGAGAAGAACAGUUCCUCUGAAGGCCAGAGCAUCAGAUCUCAUGGAUGACAAGCAUCAGUUCCCAUGGAUGAGGAGCUUUGCUCAAUGGACAUCACCUUCACUGCUGCAUACAGAUUUCUACUGCACCAUUUUCAGUGCCUCACUUUCCCAAAUGCUGUGGGACUUGAGCUCAUGUUAAAGGAGAGGAGUACUCAAUGAAUGCUCAAUUCAUUCUAACAUUCAUCUGCCACCUUCAAUUUCCAGUUUAUUGAUGAGUUGCACAAAGCUAAAGCCAGUCCACAAGCACAGCCCAAACACAUCUCGGUACAAAGGUACAAAGCACAGUCCUGAAGUGUGUAAGACCAUGCUCCUGUUUGCUGUAAUCCUGAGUUUCUCUUCCUUAUUCCACUGGGUGGCAGAAUCUGGCUUCAUAUAAACCAUACCAGCAAAUCCUCUGCAGUCAGCUCCUUGCUAGGGGAAUGGAGCACACAUAUGCAAUGCUUCCUGUAAAGAACUGUUUUCUUUUUUUUUUAAUUCAAACGAGGCAAUCUUGAUAGUUUCAGACCUGAGAAGAGUCCUGUCUGCAGGGAGAAGUGAGCGCGUGAACCCUUCUUAUGCUAUAGAAAGUAGGAUUUUGGUCUCUCCUGCUAACUGGCCAUGUUUAUGCUGUAAAGCUGUGGGUUGUUUUUUUUUUUUUUUUUUUUAAAGUCCCUAAAUAUUUGCAAAGUCUGUAACGUGGUAUUUUGCUUCUCAGUGUCAAGUCAGCUGCUAGCUCAAAUCCUGGUGCAUCUAGAAGCAUAUGAAUCACAGAAUCAUAGAAACACCAAGGUUGCAAAAGACCUCCAGCAUCUCCCGGUCCAACUGUCCACCCACCACCAAUAUUUCCCCACUAAACCAUGUCCCUAAGGACAACUUCACCCACCUUUGCAGGCUGUUCUUCCUUCCUCAUCUUCAGUUGUUAAGCCGUUGUGGGUCAGCACUGGACUUUUGACCAAAUUGCUCGCUUUCUUAGGUCUUGUUUUCCAGGGCUUAGCAGCAGGCAGUGACCCACAAGAUGCUUUUUCUGGGUCCCACUUAUUUCUGUUGUGCAGAACACCUUCCAAAUCCUAUUGCCAUCACUGGGACCCGAAUGAGAGUGGCACUGUGCAGAAUGAGCUCAGAUGCUCCUGCUUUCAUAAAGGGACGUUUUGAGCCCAAAUUUGAAGCAAACUCUUCAUUUUGCCCAGCAUAGUUCAGAGUUCUUUUGAUUAGAUCUUGGUUUUGGGCAUAGGACUCAUCAAUGAAAAUAAGUGGGAGAAGGACUAUGGGGCCAAAAGUUGUGAUUUAAGUCUUAGGAGUGAUAGGUGAAAGGGACACCUGGAAAUGCUUUGGAGGGAGAAGAGUCAUUCAGCUGAAGGAGAACACCACAGAAGCACCACAGGCAUUUUGCACCAUCAGCACCAGAUGGAGGUAGCUGGUGUGCUUAUAUGAGCCAUGUUUUCUCAGGAAAUCAGGCUGCCCAUAGCUUCAGUAGACCACAGCCAUUUGGCCCAGGUGCCCUGACCCCUGCCAAACCAUGCUGUGAUCCCCAAGAAGUGGCAGUGAAACUUGCUGGGGAGCAGCAUUGCCCUGAUACCCAUGGCCAGCCUCCCUCCUUCGUACAGAGAAUCAAGCCAUAAUGAAAGGCAGCUUUCAAUACCUUCUUUAAAAUAACAAUCGUUAUACCAUAUCAGGACCAAAAUGUCUUAAUAUUGAUAAUAAUUCUGUUCUUUUUAUUUCUUUUACUUGUUGAAAACAUAGAGCAGAAGCUUCCUUUCCCCCUUCAUUUCCAAGGGAUGAAGAAAAAUUUCCUUUUUCUAACUUUUUUUUUU